GUCGCGACGCAAGGGCAGGGUCGUCGGCAGUAACCGUCGCGUAAGAGAGAGUCAGUAUCAGUCAGUAUACCUCGUGACACCAACGGGUGAUAUCCAUGCUGCUGGUUCACUGUAGUGUAGAAAAUAAUAGUAAAGCCGGUAGUAUUCAAAUACCCGCAAUUCCCAGUUGAUGACAUUUUGUAAAUAAAUAAAAAUCAACUGACGCAGCACCAAUUUAAUCAAAUGCACCUAGUUACCAGCGUCUUUUCAAUCUCCUCGAGGUGAACAACGAGGUGGAUUUAUUAUUUUUAUUAAUUGAGAUAUUGCAACGAAGACGUCCGGCCUUAUCAGUACUAAUAGUACGACUGAUUUUUUUAAGGGGUUCAUACACCACUCGCUAUAGUCCAGUGAUUAUCUGUGAUCAAUCGUUUUAGAGAGGACCAAUUGCUGAUUUAUUUUGACAACGAAAGUUUUUGCCAAUUUCAUUGUUCAUUGAGUGUCCAACCACCGCUGGACUAACGUGUCAGAUUCAUAGGGAAUAUAUCCCAAAUGUUGAUAAGAAACAGCGUUGUUAUAAAUUCAUAAUUAUUUUGUGACGUGCAUACGUAGCUGGACUAGCUGAAAUUUUUUGUGAUCGGCGAUAAGUAAAAUGGGAUGCAAUACGAGCAAGGAGAGCGUUCAAGCGGGCGCCGAAGAGGCCAAGGAGGAUGUUAAGAACGGCGAUAUUUCGAAAAGUGCUGCAAGCCAAGACAACAAAGCAGAGGAAGCUGAGGAAGAAGUUGGCACAACUGGUGGAACACAGCAACCGGAAGCAGUAGACGAAUCAGACGAAUCGAGUGAUAAGGCGAAAGAAGAGGCUGCUACGAGAAUACAAGCGGUGUUUCGAGGUCAUCAAGCGAGAAAGAGUAUGAAAGACACUGAAACAUCGUCCCAGGGUAAAAAUACUGAGGACAGCGAACCAACCAUCGAGCAACUGCAGGAGGAAUUCCGAGCGGACGACGUUGAUUUGUGCAACGCAGCGACAAAGAUCCAGGCAUCUUUCCGCGGCCACAUGUCGAGAAAGGAGCAAGCAGUUUCAUCAGCGGUGAAGGCCGCUGGGGAUAUGAUGGAGAGGGCAGUUGAAAAAAUUGAGGAAAAGGUCGAUGAUGCGGUCAAUGAGCUGGAAGGAAUCGAUCUUACUGAUCCGGAUCUCCACAAAGCUGCAACGAAAAUUCAAGCGAGCUUCCGGGGUCACAAGGUGCGCCAGGAGGUACCCGAGGCUCCUGUCAAGAAGUAAAGCGGGAUUUAGGAUGAUGUGGAAAGUAGCUCUGUGAUCCAAGAACAUAGGACAAGACAGAGUAGUAAAAGGGAACGAAGCGCUGGACUUGAUAUCACUUUUUUUUUUAUCAUAACAUUUUGUCACCUCUCAUUUUAUGGCCUUGCUCGAGUGAUCGUAGGGAUUACAACGCGAUUUUUUGUUAAUCUCCUGGAAUUUUUGAGAGAUGGUGAAUCCUUGCCCCAGAGAUAAACUUCUGUAAAUGAGUAUUGGUCUGCGAUCAUUGGAAUUAGGUGGAUUUCCUUUGGUCUUCUACUGUUUAAUGACUCUGUCGAGAACACCGAAAGUCGUGAACCACUUUUGCCUCACUGUAAUGACGGCUGAGAAAUUAUAUUUCAUGCCCGACAAUUACACAAUACUUCAGUUCAAAAAUUAUGGAUAACUCAAUUUUAUUCCAAUUUUAAUGUACUCGAGUCUAUAUAGCAUUUCAAAUUAUUGAAUUAUUACCUUCCCCCACCGUUCAUUCACAAAUUGCCAGUAGUGAGGAUGGGAAGGUCCGUAGAUUUUAAAGAGAAUGAAAAAGGUUUAAAUAGCUGAUACAAGGAUACCUUAACGAAGUCUUUUUAAUACACGAAUAUUUGUAGAUGGUACACUAAGAGCCGAAAGGAGUAUUGACGGGAACAUGAGAAUUGAUGUAAUUACUCAUGCUUUGGAAUUUCGGAGGUAUUGAUUUUGUAAACAUGCUGAAUGAUCGAGAUAAGUUUGUGAUGAAGAAACACGAGGUCCACGCCUACGGUCCCCUAUCAUUCUUGUGCACAAACGUCUGAACGGGGCUUAAUGUUAGACUCCAUCUUUGCCGAGUGAUUUAAUCUAAAAUAUAACUUACCUUUAAAUACCAAAUAAAAAAACCAAAUAUGUACGAUAAAGACAAAAAGCAGAGUAAUGAAGAUUUGAUAAUCAUUUGAAAGUUGUAUACAAAAUUUUGGUUUUCAGUAUCUUUGUGUUUUUCACACGUUUCUAAUUAAAAUCAUAAUAGUGAAACCUCUUGUGGAAUCUGCAGGUUGAUGGUGCAUAUGGAGGUUUUCCACUCUGAAUCACUAUUGCAAUUCCAGAGUAUUUCAGAAUUGAAUAUACUUUUAGAUUGAUCAUGAAAAUGAGUAUAACAAGGAUUAUGUUUGCAGACCCCUCAGGAUGUAUGAAGCUAUAUGAAGUACUGCAUUGCAAUUAUCCCCGAUAUGGCGAAAAAAAAAUAUUUGCGCAUCUGUUAGCCACAUUGAAUUCAUUUUUUUAAAUAAAAUAUAUAUUUUUCAGCGAUAGGUCGUCACUGUAGAUUGUAACCAAAAUGCUUACAAAUUAUCGAUUCGAGUGGUGGCAUAAAUCGUGUAGUGGAAACUUAUCAAUUGCGAUUAUCGAAAUUCUAGUCGAUUUGCUUUGUUAACUCUGAGUUGGUAGAGAGUGUUUUUAGCAGGCCUAAAAACUUUAUGUGAUUCUGUGUGAAUUAUGGCUUUCAUUAUUCCCCUCGCCGCAGUAAUAAAUGAGUAAAUUAUUCAUAGAUAAUAAUAUGAAUUUCAACCAAGUGAAAUACCAUUAACAUUAAUAUACUUUUAAAUUACAAUGAAUAAUGAAAAUAUAAGAUUAAGUUACUAAUUUGAAUUAUGAUGCACCACGUUUAUAGUUAAUGAAUGGCGUUUCGUUGCUAUUUCAAUAAACAAAAAAAAACUACCAUUCCCUGAUACAUUGAAAUUGACAAUUGACCUAAUACUCGAUUCUAAUCGAUAGAUUCCAGGAUAUGCUUUUAGGCGACUAACGAAGAUUUCAGAAAAU